AUGACGGCAACGCCCGGUAUGCUUUUUGGGGACGGUACGCUGAACAGGGUGUCCUUUUUGCGGAGGGAUGCCGUGUUUCUGGAGAGGGCUGCGGCGCCCGGUGCAGGGGCCAUAGUCCUGCCGCUGGUUGAUGGCACUGGGUUCAAUGCGGAGGGGGCAGAGACACGGCCACGGCUGGCCACCGUGUCGCUGGACGGGGCGGUGGAUUGUCCUGGUUCUCUUCGAGAAGUACUUCGCAAGGCGGUGAAUGGAGGCGGCGUUGCCGCCUCCAUUCAUGUAGUGUUUCUGGGGUUACUGCCCCAGGGCGAUGCAUUCGAGUACAGGACCUCUCGUGGAGGUGUCUACAGCGGGGUGCCGCACUGGGCGGUGAAUUUUGAGUCGAGGGGGAACCCCAAAGUGGUGAAGUUGUUAGAGGAGAGUGGGUUUGAGAGGUUGAAUAUGGGCCAAGUGUUUGAGUUGAGUACGGGGGAUGCAGACGUGUAUGGCCAGGCAAGGGCGUAUGUGGAUUGGAUGAGGAAGUAUAGGUACUGCCCUAGUUGUGGUGGGAAGGUGAAGUUUGUAGAGGGAGGGGGGAAGUGGGUGUGUCCAACCAGCAGCAGUGCAACCAGUACCGGUGCUUCCGGCACUGUUGCUGGCCAAGACGGUAGUGCAAGUGCAAUUGACUCAUCAACUUCAAACCAAACCAUCCUCGGCGCCGAAGGCGCCGGAGAUGGCAUUGAGGUUGGCCCCCCCGCUUGUUCCAGCAGAGCCCCCAACAACGCGACCUUCCCUCGAACAGACCCCGUGUGCAUCGUCGCGCUGACGACACCGGACAGGUCCCGUCUCUGCCUCGUGCGCACGCAGAAGCAAUUCGAGGGCCGUGCUCUGUACUCUGCGGUAGCCGGGUUCAUCGAGCCCGGCGAGACCGUCGAGGUCGCGUGUGCCCGCGAGGCCUGGGAGGAGGCAGGUGUCCUGAUCCGCGACCCACACCGCAACGUCCAGAUCGUCACGUCUCAACCGUGGCCGUACCCUGCAAACCUCAUGCUUGGUUGCAUCGGAACGGUACCUUUUAACGGUACAGACGAGCAGAUCUCGAUGCAGCACGACGACGAACUGCUCGACGCACAGUGGUUCGACACAGAGGAGAUCGCUAAGGCGGUGGACGCGUACAGGGGCGGCUUCUUCCUCGAAUUGGCGGGGCGCGAUGCGUACCUCCCGGGCGACGUCGCCAUAGCACAUACUUUGAUUGCUAAGGUUAUUGAAGAGUAUAGAGAAGGCAAAAAGGGCGACACAGCGUAA